AAUACACUCAUGAUCCCCGAGCUCUAGAAAAAACACCUCCAACUCCUUCAAUGUGAAAACUCCACAAUUAACCAGGCAAGGGGGGGAAAGCGGACAAUAGACGCUUUUUUUGUGUGUGUGCGUGUGUGUGAGUGUGUGUAUGUGUGUGUGUCUGCCAUUUUUACGAACCAAUCGUGUAGAAAAGCAAUAACGGAAUACAAGGAGACAGACCGAUUCAGUCAAUACUUCAAUACUGUUAUGAAGCGAGAAUGAGUAGCGCAGAAGACAGCGGGAGCAAGUGCUCGUCGGGCCCGAUUUCCAGCUUCACGAUCCAGUCGAUUCUCGGCACGCCGUCCGAUGAGCCGCGCUCCGGGACCAAGGAGCUCCCCAAGGGGCCGCUGCCGCUGCCGCUGCCGCCGCCGCGGAGGCGCUCCCUGUCGGUCUCCUCCUCCGAGGAGUGCAGCGGCGGGGAGGACUCAGCUGACUGCUUCUGCUCCGACACGGGUCACGGCGAGCCGUGCACCCAGCACCAAGCGCACAACUUCUGCUUAGGUCCCGCUAAAGGACUCCUGCCGGGAAACGACGGGCUGGCGCGGCGGCCGCACCUGACACAGCCUCUGCUGCAGGAUUACAAGGAGGAGCAGGAGCGGCCGUGCCAUCCACUGUCGCCCCUGUCCGAGGAGAGACAGGCGGACGGCGCGGACAAGCAGGGCGGCUCGGCCAAGAAGAAGACGCGCACGGUUUUCUCCCGGAGUCAGGUGUACCAGCUGGAGUCCACCUUCGACAUGAAGCGCUACCUGAGCAGCUCGGAGCGGGCCUGCUUAGCCUCCAGCCUGCAGCUGACGGAGACUCAGGUCAAGACGUGGUUUCAGAACAGGAGGAACAAGUGGAAACGGCAGCUCUCGGCGGAACUGGAGGCGGCCAACAUGGCCCACGCGUCCGCACAGACUCUGGUGGGGAUGCCGCUGGUUUUCAGAGAUAACUCCUUACUGCGCGUGCCGGUUCCCCGGUCCAUCGCCUUCCCGACGCCUCUUUAUUACCCGGGGAGCAACCUGCCAGCGUUACCUUUAUACAACCUGUACAACAAAAUCGAGUAUUGACUGACGACGCUGUGUGUUCAGACGCAUUACAAAACAAUACCACAUUCUUAUAAGUGUCUACAUAACCACUGUAUAUUAAUUGUAUUACUUUAUUUGUUGACGAAAUUCUUAUGCAGCAACUGUAUGUCUCACAAGAAAGCAAUCAAGCUUCCCUACAUGUAUAAAAUACACCAUGUGUAUAAAUAAUUAUAACAAUUUUGUACUUUUAAUUUUCUCCUUCUUUCACUGAAUUAAACACUGGAGUUAAAGCUUCGUGCCACAUUCCAGAGGGGGGAAACAAAUGGAUGCCACUAGAUUUCCUUCACACUGUUUUUAAUCAGAGCUGAUCUAUCAAAGAGCAUUCUAAAGACAGUCACCUGUUUCCAUCUGAUAGGAAAAAACACACAAUCCUUCCAUUCAACAAGAAAAUAUCAUCUUUCUAUUGUAAUUUAGACCUCCAGUAAUACUCUUCUCACUCAAUAAAUUUUCUAUUUCAGUGAAAAUUGAGGCUUGUUUGGUAUCAUUUUAUGAAUUUUUUAUGCAUGUGUGAAUAAAACUGUGGACGUAGUUUAUUUUUAAAAGCACAAAAGACAAACACCCAUCGCAAUUUGAAACCAGAAUGAGGUUAACUUCUUUUAGCCUUUUUCAAAAAGAGCACACAUUUCUUUAUCUUUUUUUCCUUUUAUUGCAUAAUUCUGUUUGAAGGUAUUCUCCUACAAUAAUCCGGGGUGGAAAUACUAUCUUGAAGGUUAAUGGUAUAUUCGUAUCAUAUCAUUUCUUGUUAAAGAGCUCCCUGAUCCCUCACCAAUCUGUUAACAUUGCGUUCGGAUAUAUCUUACACUGGACAAAAAAUUGUCGAUUACAAAUUGAUCACCACCAAACCAAACAGCUUGAACUACAUUUAUUUUAGUGAGUAUAAUAAUUAUUGCAUUGUGGGGAUGAAUCAGAUGCAUGUGUGGAAUGUAAUGCUGUUUUUCUUCAUAGUCUUCAGAUUACUUCACUCAUGCAUGCGAGCUUACACACAGAAUAAAAUAUCCAUGUCGCUUUUAUGAAGAAAACUAGUUUUAUAUUUAUUUUUAAUUAUUGACAAUUGCCAGGGACCACAGUGAAUGAAAAGGUGGGCGGGCUGAACAAGCUGCUUUAUAGAUAAAGCACAUUUGAGACUGAAGAGGAAGAUGCACACCUCUACUGUCCAAUCAUGCCUCUGGGUGGGAUCUUCUCUCAUUUGAAGUCUGGCUCCUGUGGCUUCCAAGCA